GAGGAAGGAGGUGGGGGAAGACGGAUGGGCGGGAAAAUAAAAGACAGCUCGAUCACUGAGUGAGUAAGUGAGUGUGUGUGUGAAUGAGGACAGCCCAGUGCCUGUAGAGAAUGGCAAAGGGAGAAGGUGGUGAGACGUGUGGCGUUACAGCGACUUUCUUGCAGCCUAAGGCGGUCUCGGUGGACGAGCGGAGACUCAAACAGAGGGAAGUGAGAACGAAUCUAUCGGUAUGCAAUAAGCUUUGUUAUGCUAUUGGUGGAGCACCCUACCAGAUAACCGGAUGUGCCAUUGGAUUCUUCCUACAAAUUUACCUGUUGGAUGUAGCACAGCUUCAUCCUUCAUCUGCAUCUUUGAUCCUCUUCAUUGGCCGUGCCUGGGAUGCCAUCACUGAUCCAUCUGUGGGUUUUCUCAUAAGCAGAAGUAAAUGGACAAGGUUUGGGAGGCUAUUGCCAUGGAUAGUUUGCUCUUCACCUUUCGCAGUUGCCUCUUACUUUCUCCUGUGGUACGUACCAGAUGGAAAUGUGUCCGAGACUGGAAAAAUCCUUUGGUACUUGGUUUUCUACUGUUUGUUCCAAACACUGCAAACAUGUUUCCAUGUACCCUACUCUGCACUCACAAUGUUUAUAAGCACAGAUCAAAAGGAGAGGGAUUCCGCAACAGCAUAUCGUAUGACUGUGGAGGUGUUGGGAACAGUAUUAGGAACAGCAAUACAAGGCCAGAUUGUGGGUGGUGCUGAUGCCCCAUGUAUUCAUGAAAAUGUAUUCGUUAAUGAUUCAGUAUCCACAAUUGAAGUCAACACUACGCAGUACAGUGUCAACACAUCCAUCAGUCAGCUGAAAAGUGCCUACAUGAUGGCAGCGGGAGUCAUUGGUGCAGUGUAUAUUCUGUGCACCAUCAUUCUGUUUGCUGGAGUCCAGGAGAGAGAUGAGCCAUGUAACAGAAAAGCACAGAAGUCCUAUUCCUUUGGGAAAGGACUGAAACUCGUAAUGAGUCAUGGACCUUAUGUGAAGUUGAUCAUUGGCUUCCUGUUCACAUCAUUGGCAUUUAUGCUGCUGGAAGGGAAUUAUGCCCUGUACUGCUCCUACACACUUGGUUUUCCCAAUGACUUCCAGAAUAUCCUGCUGGUUAUCAUGCUUUCAGCAACGUUGACUAUCCCUUUCUGGCAAUGGUUUUUGACCAGAUUUGGCAAAAAAACAGCUGUGUAUGUCGGCAUUUCGUCAGCUGUCCCGUUCCUUAUCCUGAAUGUUCUGGUACAGAACAAUUUAGCUGUGGCUUAUGUUGCCUCAUUUGCCUCUGGGAUGAGUGUUGCUGCUGCUUUCCUGUUGCCAUGGUCCAUGCUACCUGAUGUAAUUGAUGAUUUCAAGCUGAAGAAUCCAGACUCAGUGGGGCAUGAAGCAAUAUUUUACUCCUUCUACGUCUUCUUCACCAAAUUUGCAUCUGGAGUGUCCCUCGGAAUCUCAACAUUGAGCCUCGAUUUUGCAGGUUAUGUGACCCGGGGAUGUGUUCAGCCCAAUGCAGUGCAUCUAACUCUGAAGAUGUUGGUGGCCCCCGCCCCGAUUUUCCUCAUUAUACUUGGACUGAUUAUUUUUAAAUUAUACCCAAUUGAUGAGGAGGUUAGAAUGAAGAACAGGAAAGCACUUGAAGAUUUACGAGAUAAUGGUCAAGACACAGAAACAGAUUCAAGUGAACUCUGCAGCAUUGUAUAACCAACGGUCAAAUGGUUAUGCACUUAGUUUUCAAACUGAGACUUGUGUACAGUGUAUAUUACUUUUAAAAUGUGAAUGUAACUUAACAUUCAAGCAAGACUAAAGUAACUUCAAGCUAACUACCUACUGUUGUAUACCAUGUUUACAGUCUACUCCUGCUGAUUACAGGAUUUGUACAAUGUACAUAUGUAUAUACUAAUUUAGAAUGAAAAGCUGUACAGAUAGCUUAGUAUAUUUUAUAUAGAAAUCCUC